UUCGUUUUAAAACCCUCUCUUCGCUCUCACUUCUCCACUUACGUGAUCUUUCUGAGCACAUUGCACUGACAUGGACGAAGAUCUCGACUUGCCGAUGGCGGAGCCUAUGAACGACGACUUCGACUUCGCCGGCGGCGGCGGCGUCGGAAUGGACGACGAUUUCCCCGUUCUCAAGGUCGGAGAGGAGAAGGAAAUUGGCAAGCUUGGAUUGAAGAAGAAGCUCCUCAAAGAAGGUGAAGGAUGGGAGAAUCCUGAAGCCGGUGAUGAAGUCCAAGUUCACUAUACCGGGACUCUGCUUGAUGGCACCAAGUUUGAUUCCAGCAGAGAUAGGGGAGCCCCUUUCACGUUCACACUUGGACAAGGGCAAGUAAUUAAAGGAUGGGAUGAAGGUAUUAGAAGCAUGAAGAAAGGUGAAAAUGCCCUUUUCACCAUCCCACCUGAGCUAGCUUAUGGUGAAUCCGGUUCUCCUCCCACAAUUCCGCCCAAAGCAACUCUUCAAUUUGAUGUUGAGCUGUUGUCUUGGACUAGUGUGAAGGACAUAUGUAAGGAUGGUGGUUUGUUUAAGAAGAUACUUGUUGAGGGAGAGAAAUGGGAGAACCCUAAGGAUCCUGAUGAAGUUCUGGUUAAUUAUGAGGCACGCCUUGAAGAUGGAACACUUGUAAAGAAAUCUGAUGGGGUAGAGUUCACAGUAGAAGACGGUCACUUUUGCCCUGCAUUGUCAAAGGCCAUCAAAACAAUGAAGAAGGGACAAAAAGUAAUUUUGACUGUAAAGCCACAAUAUGGAUUUGGCGAGAAGGGUAGGCCAGCCCAUGGUGAUGAAGGUGCUGUUCCACCAAAUGCAACAUUGCUGAUUACUCUUGAGUUAGUCUCUUGGAAGACAGUGACCAAUGUAACUGAUGACAAGAAGGUCAUGAAAAAGAUCCUUACUGAAGGAGAAGGAUAUGAGCGUCCAAAUGAGGGAUCCAUUGUGAAAUUGAAACUUACUGGUAAGCUGCACGAUGGCACUAUUUUUGUGAAGAAGGGCCAUGAUGGUGAAGGGGAACUACUUGAAUUCAAAACAGAUGAGGAGCAAGUAAUUGAGGGGCUUGAUAAGGCCAUGUUGACAAUGAAGAAGGGCGAGGUAGCACUGUUGACUAUUGCUCCUGAGUAUGCGUUUGGUUCAUCAGAAUCCAAGCAAGAAUUGGCAGUUGUUCCACCUGACUCCACUGUGUAUUAUGAGGUUGAAUUAGUAUCUUUUGUGAAGGAUAAGGAAUCUUGGGACAUGGAAACUCCAGAGAAAAUUGAAGCUGCUGGUAAGAAGAAAGAAGAAGGGAAUGCACUGUUUAGAGCUGGUAAAUAUGCAAAAGCUUCUAAAAGAUAUGAGAAGGCUAUUAAGUUCAUAGAAUAUGAUACCAACUUCAGCAUUGAAGAGAAGAAGAGUGCCAAGGACUUGAAGAUUGCUUGCAAUUUGAAUGAUGCAGCUUGCAAGUUGAAGUUGAAAGAUUAUAAACAAGCAGAGAAAUUGUGUACGAAGGUUUUGGACCUUGAAAGCACAAAUGUGAAAGCACUCUAUAGAAGAGCACAAGCAUAUAUCCAGUUAGCUGACUUGGAUUUGGCAGAAUUUGAUAUCAAGAAAGCACUUGAGAUUGACCCUAAUAACAGGGAUGUUAAGCUAGAGUACAGGAUUUUGAAGGAAAAGAUGAAGGAGUACAACAGAAAAGAGGCAAAAUUUUAUGGAAAUAUGUUCAGCAAAAUGACCAAGUUAGAAAAACCUGCCUCCACGGAUUCAAAACCCAUGAGCAUUGACAACAAGGCAUAAAAUGAACAAGAAAAUACACGAUGGAAAUUCAUCUAGUUCCUGGGUCCGCCUUGAUUUGGUUUCGUUCCUAUUAGUAUUGCUUUGGUCAACGUUUUAAUUUUGUUGGCUUUGUUAACAGGGACAAAUUGUUUAUUCUAAUAGAACAGCGGGAAGAAAUUUGUCUUCGUGAAGUUAUAAAAUUAAUGUUUACUUUGGUCA